GUCAGCCCGCCCGGUUCGCAUUUUUAACCAGUGGAGCCAGUAGAAAGCAAAGCUAAAGGACUCGAUGAGCAGCGGGACUACGGUGUGCCACUUGCAGCGGACUGGCAUUUGAGAGAGAGAGCGAGCGAGCGAGCGGCACGGCACCACACCGGAGGACGCGUCGCGAGCGAGUGGGACUGACACAAGAAUCCCUCCUGCACAGGUGAAGCUAUGGGGAAGAUGUUGAUCUUCACUCAGCUGGGACUGCUGCUCUGGAAGAACUUCACCUACCGACGGAGGCAGACGUUUCAGCUUCUGAUUGAGAUUGCAUGGCCGCUCUUCUUGUUCUUCAUCCUGAUCUCGGUGCGGCUGUCCUACCCUCCUUAUGAACAACAUGAAUGUCAUUUUCCAAAUAAGGCUUUGCCAUCAGCGGGGACACUGCCAUGGGUACAAGGAAUCAUCUGUAAUGCCAACAAUCCCUGCUUUCGGUACCCAACACCAGGAGAGUCGCCAGGAGCAGUUGGAAACUUCGAUAAGUCCAUAAUAUCUCGGCUGUUUUCAGAUGCCAAGAAGUUCCUGUUGUACAGUCAGAAUGACCACAGCCGUGCGGGAUUCAAGAAUUUAGUGGACGCGCUGAAGAGCAUGCGGGACUCGAGUCUCGGUUUCAAACUGAAAGACUUCCUCUCAGAAAAUGAAACCCUCUCCACGUUUCUUCAGCAUAACGCAUCCUUUCCAGAAGAGGCGGUGGCAGAGAUUCUCAAUGCAGAUGUCAAUCUGGCAAAUGUGUUCACAAGAGGUUUUGGGGUUCACCUGAAGGACCUCUGCAACUCUUCCAAACUUGAAGAUUUCGUCACUAUUGCCGACCAGCAGGUGGCCCGUCGAUCUCAGGAUGUCAUCUGCUCCUCGUCCAACAGCUGGCUGAGUGCGGCCGAGGAGCUCUUUCUUUCGAAUUUGGACUUCGUGAGACCCAUUCAGGCAAAAGUCUCCCCAGGGUCUCACUUAACCCAGGAAGUAUCUGAGGCAACAAACGGCCUCCUAAAAAGUCUGGCAUCUCUUGCUAUUGAGCUGACCAGCAUGAAGAGCUGGAGUGAUAUGAGGAAAGAAAUCCUCUACCUGAGAGAAAACAGCACAGGCUCACCGAGCAGCAUGUACCAGGCCAUCUCCAGGAUAGCGUGUGGGCACCCCGAGGGGGGGGGCUUGAAAAUCAAGUCACUCAACUGGUAUGAGGACAACAACUACAAAGCUCUGUUUGGAUUCAACAGCACAGAAGAGGACACCGUGUUCUAUGACAAUUCAACCACUCCCUACUGUAAUGAGAUGAUGAGAAAUUUAGAAUCAAAUCCCAUCUCUCGAAUGAUCUGGAGGGCCUUGAAGCCGCUGCUCAUCGGCAAAAUUCUGUACACGCCAGAUAACCCAGCGACUCAAAAGAUAAUUAAGGAGGUUAACAAGACAUUUCAAGAGCUGGGUGUAUUUCGAGACCUUGGUGGCAUGUGGCUGGAGGUCAAACCCAAGAUCUGGCGCUUCAUGGAGAGCAGCCAAGAGAUGGAUAUUGUCCGGACCCUUUUGCAAAACAAUGCAAGUGCCACCUUCUUCAAUGAGAAGUUGAAUGGGACCGGCUGGACUGUGAAGGACAUUGCGGACUUCUUAUCAAAGAACCCUGAGGAGGCGGCACCUGGGAGCCUAUCAUGGCAGAAGGUCUUCAAUGAGACAGACCACGCUGUUUUGACCGUAUCCCGUUUUAUGGAGUGCAUCAACCUGGACAAGCUGGAGCCCGUCGCCAAUGAGGAGAGACUGGUGAACCACUCCAUGAAGCUGCUCGAUGAAAGGAAAUUCUGGGCCGGAAUCGUCUUUCCAGAAAUGGGAUCCAAUAGCACGGAGCUGCCCCCCCAUGUAAAUUACAAGAUCCGGAUGGACAUCGACACCGUGGAAAGGACCAACAAAAUCAAGGAUGGUUACUGGGACCCUGGUCCUCGGGCAGAUCCAUUUGAGGACAUGCGUUACAUCUGGGGAGGAUUUGCUUACCUUCAGGACGUCAUUGAACAUGGCAUCAUCCGAGCACUGACAGGCAGUGCAAAGAAGAUUGGCGUGUAUAUGCAGCAAAUGCCAUACCCUUGCUAUGUGGACGACAUCUUCCUGCGUGUGAUGAGCCGGUCUCUACCCCUCUUCAUGACUCUGGCUUGGAUUUAUUCAGUGGCCAUUAUUAUCAAAGGCAUUGUGUAUGAGAAGGAAGCCCGCCUGAAGGAGACCAUGAGAAUUAUGGGCCUCGACAACGGCAUCCUGUGGCUCAGCUGGUUCAUCAGCAGUCUCAUCCCGCUCCUCAUCAGUGCAGCCCUUUUAGUUCUCAUCCUGAAGAAAGGAAACCUCCUGCCUUAUAGCGACCCCAGUGUUGUGUUUGUUUUCCUCGCCUCGUUUGCUGUGGUCACCAUCAUGCAGUGCUUUUUGAUAAGCACGAUUUUCUCACGGGCAAACUUGGCAGCGGCUUGCGGAGGCAUCAUUUACUUCACCCUCUAUCUACCGUACAUCCUGUGUGUGGCCUGGCAGGAUUACGUCGGCUUUUCUCUUAAAGUCAUAGCGAGUUUGCUGUCCCCGGUGGCCUUUGGGUUUGGCUGCGAGUAUUUUGCGCUGUUUGAAGAGCAGGGUGUGGGGAUUCAGUGGAACAAUCUCUUCUCAAGCCCGAUGGAGCAAGACAGCUACAACCUGACCACCUCCAUCUGCAUCAUGUUUUUCGACGCUUUCCUCUAUGGUGUAAUGACCUGGUAUAUUGAGUCUGUCUUCCCCGGACAAUAUGGAAUCCCACGGCCUUGGUAUUUUCCAUUUACAAAGUCUUACUGGUUUGGUGAAUCAGGAGGAAACAUUCCAACUACUCCACUGAACAAGACUGGAAAUACAGAAGUUUGCAUGGAAGAGGAGCCGACUCAUCUUGAACUGGGCGUCUACAUCAAGAAUCUGGUGAAGAUUUACCGGGAUGGGAAGAAGGUUGCAGUGGACGGCCUGACGUUAGGUUUUUACCAGGGACAGAUCACGUCAUUCCUUGGGCACAACGGAGCAGGGAAGACCACUACAAUGUCAAUCUUAACUGGACUCUUCCCACCCACGUCUGGCACGGCUUACAUUCUUGGAAAGGACAUCCGCUCCGAUCUCAGCUCCAUCCGGAAGAACCUCGGAGUGUGUCCUCAGCACAACGUCCUUUUUGAUCAGUUGACCGUUGAGGAGCACAUCUGGUUCUACGCGCGGCUGAAGGGCCUGACUGAGCAGGAGGUCAAGGCCGAAAUGGAGCAGAUUGUGAACGACGUCGGCCUCCCUCACAAGCGCAAAGCCAAAUCCAGCCAGCUCUCCGGUGGUAUGCAGCGCAAGUUGUCGGUGGCCUUGGCCUUUGUGGGCGGCUCCAAAGUGGUCAUCUUGGACGAGCCGACGGCUGGAGUGGACCCUUAUUCACGCCGGGGCAUAUGGGAGUUACUGCUGAAAUACCGCCAGAAACGCACCAUCAUCCUCUCGACGCACCAUAUGGAUGAAGCUGACGUUCUCGGAGACAGGAUCGCCAUCAUUUCCCAUGGCAAACUGUGCUGCGUGGGUUCCUCCUUAUUCCUGAAGAAUCAGCUAGGAACGGGUUACUACCUGACCCUGGUCAAGAAAGACCUGGAGGCGUCCAUCAGCUCGUGCCGGAACAGCAGCAGCACCGUGUCAUUCCUCAAGAAGGAGGACAGCGUUUCCCAGAGCAGCUCUGACGCUGGACUUGGCAGCGACCAUGAAAGCGACACGACGACAAUAGACGUUUCUCUCAUCUCCAGCCUCAUCCUGAAACACGUGCCAAAGGCUCGUUUGGUUGAAGAUUUUGGCCACGAGCUGACGUAUAUUCUGCCCUAUGAGUCUGCCAAGGACGGGGCUUUUGUCGAGCUCUUCCAUGAAAUCGAUGACAGGCUGUCGGACUUGGGCAUCUCCAGUUACGGCAUCGCGGACACCACUUUGGAGGAGAUUUUCCUCAAAGUUGCUGAGGACAGCGGAGUUGAUGCCGAGACUUCAGAUGGCACCAUCCCCACCCGGAGGAAGCGGAGACAUGCAUUUGGGGACAGACAGAGCUGCUUGAGGCCGUUUACAGAUGAUGACAUAUUUGAUAUUAAUGACUCCGAUAUGGACCCAGAGGCGAGAGAAACUGACAUGCUGAGUGGAAUGGACGGCAAAGGCACCUACCAAGUGAAAGGCUGGAGCCUCAUGAGACAGCAGUUCGUGGCUCUCCUCUGGAAGCGGCUGCUCCAUGCCAAGCGCUCCAGAAAGGGGAUCUUUGCCCAGAUUGUCCUGCCAGCCGUCUUUGUGUGCAUCGCCCUGGUGUUUAGCCUGAUUGUCCCACCAUUUGGAAAAUAUCCCAGUUUGGAAUUGGAGCCAUGGAUGUAUGAAGAGCAGUACACGUUUAUCAGUAAUGAUGCGCCUGGAGAUGACAACAUAGAGAGUCUGCUGAGUGCUCUAACAAGCAGUCCGGGCUUUGGUACGAGGUGCAUGGAGGAAAGUCCGUUUCAAAACGAUUCAUGCAGUGCUGGAAAUUCCACCUGGAGAACCCCAGACAUUCCACAGAAUGUUAAGGACCUCUUCCUCUAUGGAAACUGGACGAUGGAAAAUCCCUCCCCUUGCUGCGAAUGCAGCAAUGAAAACAGAAAGAAAAUGCUUCCCGAGUGCCCAAUUGGAGCUGGUGGGCUGCCACCUUCACAGAUUCUUCAGCCCACAUCAGAUGUCCUUCAGAAUUUGACUGGUAGGAACAUCUCGGAUUAUCUUGUGAAGACGUAUGCCCAGAUUAUUGGGAAAAGUUUGAAGAACAAGAUUUGGGUGAAUGAAUUCAGGUACGGCGGCUUCUCCUUGGGGGCACGAAGCUCACAAAUCCUCCCUGCCGGCGAGGACGUUAACAUCGCCAUUAUCCAGCUUCGAAAGGCUCUUGGCACCGUCAAGAACCCGGCAGCCGACAGAUUUUUGGAAAGCUUGUCGCGGUUUAUGAAAGGCUUGGACACGAAGGAUAACGUCAAGGUCUGGUUUAACAAUAAAGGGUGGCAUGCAGUCGGAGCUUUUCUGAAUGUCAUGAACAAUGGCAUUCUUCGCGCCAACGUGCCUAAAGGAAAAGACCCCAGCACAUACGGAGUCACCGCCUUCAAUCACCCCCUGAACCUCACCAAGGAGCAGAUCUCGCAAGUAGCACUAAUGACGACAUCGGUGGAUGUCGUGGUUUCCAUUUGCGUCAUUUUCGCCAUGUCCUUCGUCCCGGCCAGCUUUGUUGUGUUCCUCAUUCAAGAAAGGGUCAGCAAGUCCAAGCACAUGCAGUUCAUCAGCGGAGUCAAGCCGGGCCUCUACUGGCUCGCCAACUUCGUCUGGGAUAUGUGCAAUUAUGUGGUCCCUGCAACCCUCGUCAUCAUCAUUUUCAUCUGCUUCCAACAAAAGUCCUACGUCUCCUCAACGAACCUCCCAGUUCUGGCUUUGCUGCUGCUGCUCUACGGGUGGUCCAUUACCCCCCUGAUGUACCCUGCAUCGUUCCUCUUUAAAAUUCCCAGUACGGCUUACGUGGUGCUCACCAGUGUGAACCUUUUCAUUGGAAUUAACGGCAGUGUGGCAACUUUUGUCCUUGAACUCUUCACCAAUAACAAACUGAAUAGCAUUAAUGAGAUCCUCAAGUCGGUGUUUCUCAUCUUUCCCCAUUUCUGCUUGGGCCGUGGACUCAUCGACAUGGUGAAAAACCAAGCCAUGGCAGAUGCCUUGGAAAGAUUUGGGGAGAAUCGCUUCGUCUCUCCGCUGUCUUGGGACAUGGUGGGCAGAAACCUGUUUGCCAUGGCCAUAGAGGGGGCUGUCUUCUUCCUUAUCACGCUGCUGAUCCAGUACAGAUUCUUCAUCAAGCCAAGACCUGUGUCCACCAAACUUCCGCCCAUCAAUGAUGAAGACGAAGACGUGGCCAAAGAGCGGCAGAGAAUAUUAGGCGGUGGAGGCCAGAGUGACAUUCUCGAAGUUAGAGAGCUGACAAAGGUGUACAGAAUGAAGCGCAAGCCCGCAGUGGAUAGACUUUGCGUUGGAAUUCCACGAGGAGAGUGCUUUGGACUUCUUGGUGUCAACGGUGCUGGGAAGACGACCACUUUCAAAAUGCUGACCGGAGACACGGACAUCACAGCGGGAGAGGCCUUCUUAAACAGCAAGAGUGUCCUCUCACAGAUUCAUGAAGUCCACCAAAGCAUGGGGUACUGUCCGCAGUUUGAUGCGAUCAACGAGCUUCUUACUGGGAGGGAGCACCUGGAGUUUUAUGCCAUACUGCGUGGUGUUCCCGAAAAAGAAGUUUGUAAGAUUGCUGAGUGGGGAAUCCGCAAGCUUGGGCUCAUAAAGUACAUGGACAAGAACGCUGCCAAUUACAGUGGAGGGAACAGGCGCAAGCUGUCUACCGCCAUCGCUCUGAUUGGAGGACCACCCGUUGUGUUUUUGGAUGAACCAACGACCGGAAUGGAUCCGAAAGCUCGCAGGGCCUUGUGGAACACCAUCCUCAGCAUCAUCAAAGAAGGCCGCUCCGUGGUGCUCACCUCGCACAGUAUGGAAGAAUGUGAAGCACUCUGCACCCGGAUGGCAAUCAUGGUGAACGGCAGGUUUAGAUGCCUGGGCAGCGUGCAGCACCUGAAGAACAGGUUCGGCGAUGGAUACACCAUCAUCCUGCGAGUGGCGGGUCCAAACCCUAAUCUGACACCAGUGAUGGAGUUCAUAGAGAGUGAGCUUCCCGGCAGCGUGAUGAAGGAGAAACACCGGAACAUGCUGCAGUAUCAGCUGCCGUCCUCCCUCUCGUCUCUGGCCACCAUAUUUAGCAUCCUGUCCAAAAACAAGGAGCAGCUCAGGAUAGAAGACUACUCCGUGUCACAGACCACUCUGGACCAAGUAUUUGUAAAUUUUGCAAAGGACCAAAGUGAUGAAGACCACUCAAAAGACAUUUCACCGCACAGAAAGGAAGCUGUGUUAGAUAUUUCACUUCUUAAAUCUUUCUUACAAGAUGAGAAUGUAAAAGAGAGUAACGUGUGAGCUGGUGACUGGAGACACUGGAGUGAACACUGGGAAGCACCAAGGCUUUGGUUCUUUUCUUUUUUUUUCCCACUCCCCCCAAUCCCAUGUAUUUGAGAAGUUGGUGGGGGGGGGGUGGUGGGGAUAUUGGAUAUUUUGGGACAGCAAUGGACUGAGAAGCAAGGAAUCAGUAGAAGAACCUGCUGAAAAUACUCAAUGCAAGCCAAUGCAAGUCAAUGCAAAUAUUCCACUUGUUCUCGUAUGGAGGCGGUGCCUCGUUUCUUAUUUUGUUUAAAUCGUUAGAAAGUCAAAAGCAAAAAAGACAUAAAAAACUUGAAGAGGUAGGUCUUGUUGCAUAUUGUUUCAUUUUUUUUUUUUAGUGUUUUUUGGAUGAACGGCUCGGCUGUUUUCAUGUGUCAUGACAGGGACGCCCACGCCACCACUGACCGGAGCGUUUUGAGCCUUUCAGGCUGUACGUGUUCGACGGCGUUGGAACGCAUUUAUUGCACAUGACGAGAGGAGUGUUGGCGGGCGUCUUUACAAAUCGUUCGUUCGUUUUUAUAUUUUUCUUGUUUACUGUUCCGUUUACUCAAAAGCCAAUCCAGCAUUAGUGACCAUUAGCCUCUCCUCGGUAGCCGCCGACUGUAAAUGUGUCACACUCCACGCAGUGGGCGCACAAACGCAGACUUUCCGGUGUUGUUGGGUCCGGGUGAGGACUUAUUUAUUAAUCGUCGUCAUUCACGGCGUCGACUGUACGUGAAUUGUUAUUUAAAAGAAAAAAAAAUCAUUUUCGAGUUUCUUGUCAACCACUCGGAAUCCUCAAAGCCGUAGAAAUAAAAAAACUCAAAUUUGCACGCGGCUGCUGUUAUCCUGGCCAUUUUUUUUUUUCCACCCAAAGGGAUCCCAGAAGGACCAUGCCGAGCUUUUUUUUUUUUUCUCUUUUUCCCUUUACAUUCUUCAGGUCAGCACGUUGUUCCGAUGUCGCAGGUAUUAAGCUUUUCCAAUUUCUCAAUGGCAAAAGAUUUGUAAAGGUUGAACCGGAUGUUUGCCGCACGAAUCUGUUGUCUGUGAGCGGUGCCUUAAGGAGCGACGACUUGUUAUGCAGCACCAGUGCCAAGGUCACCUGCCAGCAGCUCGAAAAACAAUUAGUUCAUAAAGAAAUAAAAAUACGCAACCCGUCUGCCUGCCACGCCGCAUCACGUCUCUCAUUUCUCGUGUCUGAAACUCAACGGCGGACUCGGAGCCGCCGCAUCUCGGAAUGCUUUGUAGUUGAGGUUCUCCUGGGGACAAAGACGGGGACUACGGUUUCCUAAACUUUAUACUUCAUGUCAGUAAGCUUUGUAGUUUUUAUUGGUCCUUCGUUCCAAGCACUUUAUACUGUAUUUCCUAGUAACAAUUUAUUUAAAUUUCUUUUUAUAAACAAAGUAUAUAAGUAUUUGCUAAUAAAGAAAAUUGUGUCCAAAAAGAUUAAUUGUUCUUUUUUUUCCCAAACAGUGAACAUGAUUGUUUUUCAGAUUGUUAACUGUUUACACAAAGUAUUAAGAGACUGUAUGGAAUUGUCCAAUGUUACCUGUAAUACUCCAAACUUAUUUACAAAAUAAAACUUGUCAGAUUUUGAGCUGUU